AUGGAGAGAACCAUCAAUGCCUUGAAAAGGCAUCUUCGACCGGCACCAUUUGGGCCAAGCGAAACCCAGUCACCUGGCACCGAGAUGGAAAAGGGUGCCGUGGGAGAAGUAGUCGAGGCAGAGGCUGGCGUCUCCGGUAUCGAGGCGGCCACUGCUGUUUGGGGCAGGAAAGGAAGAUGGCUUGUCAUAAUCGGCGAGCUGGAUAACUCCACUGUCUAUGUCUACAACAACUACUCGACAUCGUCAUUCAAUGCGCUUUCAAAGCUUGCGACACUCAGCACUGCCGGCGCAGUCCUGUUUGCCGUGAUCAAACCACCAAUUGCGAAAAUAUCCAAUGUCAUGGGUCGUGGUGAAAUGUAUAUGAUGACCAUCAGUCUAUACGUACUAUCUUACAUCCUGAUGGCGUCAGCUAAGACAAUCAAUACAUAUGCUGCGGGGUACAUCCUAUACGUCUUGGGACAGUCGGGAACCAACAUCAUGAACGACAUUGUCAUUUCGGACAUCAGCAACGCGCGCUGGCGUGGCUUUGCAAUUGGCAUUUCUUUUACCCCAUUUCUUGUCACGCCUUGGGUAUCCGGCUUCAUUGUGGACAGUGUCGUAGACGGGAUCGGCUGGCGCUGGCGAAUUGGCAUGUUCGCCAUCCUAAUGCCAUUUGGUGCCAGCUUCAUCAUUACCACACUCCUGUAUUACCAGAUCCGAGCCAAGAAAAUGGGCCUCGUCCUCCGCCAGAAAAUAACAUUUUAUGAUUUCUGUUCGCAGAUUGACUUGGGUGGUAUCAUUCUCUUCAGUGGUGGGUUUGCCUUGAUCUUGGUGCCACUGACAUUGGCUGCAACCACGACCAGUCAAUGGAAAACGCCAUAUCUCGAUGCUCUGAUUGCUAUUGGAGCUCUCAUGCUUAUAGUUUUUCCGUUCUACGAGACUCUGGUAUCCAGGUACCCAUUCAUGCCGCCCUCAUACUUCAAGAACCCAACCAUCAGUCUCUGUCUGUUCCUUAUCGCCACGGAUUCCAUUGGCUUUUCAUGCACCCAUACAUACCUGUACACAUGGGCCACAGUUGCACACAACUUCUCGGCCCGCAACGCUACAUUUUGCAACUCCACCAAUGGUGUCAUGCAGUGCCUGUCGGGUAUCAUAGCAGGAGCAUUGAUGCUAUGGACACGGCGCUACAAGUGGUUAAUUGUGGUUGGCGCAGUUGUCCGUUUGAUCGGUUAUGGGGUCAUGAUCCGGCUCCGAGGAGCAUCGAACUCCAUGUUCGAGCUAUUCUUUGUGCAGAUCAUACAGGGCAUUGGAUCCGGCAUUAUGCAAACCAACUUACUAGUUCCGGCACAGAUAUCUGUACCUCACGGACAGAUGCCCCAAAUAACGGCUCUGGUGGUCUGUUUUUCAUUCCUGGGCUCGAGCGUAGGUGCUUGCAUUGCUGGUGGUAUUUACACCAAUACCAUUGGAGAGGCCUUGAAGAACCGCCUUGGCGAUGAAGCAACCCCGGCACUGAUCAAGACGUUGUCAAACUCUAUCCUUGGGGUCGCUCCCGCUUGGGGCUCGGCAGAGCGCAUUGCCGUGGAUCUGGCUUUCUCUGAUGUGCUGAGAUACAUGACAUACACUGCACUGGCAGCCUCUGUGCCCGCGCUCAUUCUGGUCUGGUUCAUGCCGAACCACAAGCUUCCCAACCGUAACAACUUGGUUGAGGAGUAA